AUGUACAGUGUGGAAGACUUGCUGAUCUCACAUGGAUACAAACUGCCCCGGAGUGGCCCUGCCUCAUCCUCUGCACCUUAUGAGAAUCGGAACACCGACUGUCGGCGUGACAAUGUGGAGAACCGUCCCUCUGGUGGUGGCGGGGCCUUAAACGGGUUUGGGACAGCAGAAGGUGGAGCAGACAACCGGACAGAAACAGGGACAGGGGCCUACAGACCAACGCAGUCUGUAAAAGCAUAUCCUGAAAACAACAACAAUAUCAGUGAAGGACCUGACAGAAUCCAGAGGAGGCUGGAAGUUCCUGUUGGUUUUCUUGGUGAUCUGCAGCCUCUAGGAGAUUCACUUGCUACUGAUAGUGGGUUUUAUGAUGCCCCAAGCUUGACAUUCUCUGAACACACAGACGAACGAGAUAUCGCCUAUUGGAGAAGGAGAGGGCAAGACUUUAGUGCCCUAUUGGACUUUGCUGACCCUAGGGAGUUGCGUGUGUCUGGAGGACCUUGGAGAGGGCCAGUGCUGGCUCCUGAGGAGCUAAGGACAGAAAGGCCUUUGACGAGAUGGGAAGAAGUGCAGUGGAUGCGAGAGCCCAUAGACUCAGGUCCAGAGACACUACGAGUUACUGGAGAAAGGAAGUGCCAAAGCCUGGGAACAGAGGAGUGGCGUCCUGCAGUAGGUCUGGGUCGGCAGUUAUCUGAUGGAGAAGCUGAACGCUGGUCUCAGGAACAGCAGAAUCGUUUGCGGCCCAUAGAGGGCAGUGUGUCUGCCACAGUCAGGAUGAAGUCUCAGUCACUGCCCAGAGUUCUCUCUCCUGAAGAUCCACAGUAUGGAGAACAUCCCCAAACGGGUGCCUCAAGCCAGGCCCCUACACAAAGAAACAACUCUGUGCCAUACAGUCGUUACCAUAAUGAAUGGCCAUUAGGAGAACGGUGGAGUGGUCAGAGCCAAGGUCCCACUGCACUUGUGCCAAAGCCUCGUUUCAGUCGUCCCAUAAAGCCCCCAUCUUAUGAGACUCACCAGCAGAAUAGGGGUAGUUGGGAAACUCUUUCCUCUGAACCAGUUUCUAAACCCAGAGACCGGUCAAUUUGCUAUUCACAGAGCUUUGAACCAUUAAGAGACAGAUCUGGAUGCUAUUCUCAGAGUGCAGAGCCAUUACGGGAUCGGUCCUUGUGCUUUUCACAGAGCGCAGAACCACUAAGAGAUCGAAUGGUGAGCCAUUCCCAAAGUGCCGAACCACUACGAUUUGUUAGUCAUUCACAAAGUGCAGACCUGUUAAGAGACCGCUUUUUAAGCCACUCUCACAGUGCUGACCUUUUAAGGGACAGAUCACUUUGUUAUAGCUCAGAACUACUUCGAGACAGGUCUAUGUGUUACUCACAGAGUGCAGAAUUUUUGAGACCAGAAGCAUAUAGAGCAGAUCUGUUUUAUCAGGAAUUGACUGGUAUGGAGCCCCCUGGUUACAUCCCACCCCCUUCUUACAGGAGAUUUCUGCCUCCCAGGAGUGGACAGAUUUACCGUGCUGACUCAGCCCUUGUCCGAUGGAAACGAGAACCAGUAAGUGCUGAGAUGGGUGAGUGGUUUUCAAGAACAGCAGGAAUGUCAUGGUCAGAACGUCAGGAAGACAGGAGUAUGGCAGUUGUUCCCAGGCGGCCAGUGCAUCCAGGCCCAGUCAUACCAAAUCGACCUGUUCAUUAUGUUCCAUUUGAAGAUCAACGUGUUAGGCAUAUCUCAGGGGGGCCCAGUGGAAACUCACUCACGGAUGCAGACAAGAUCCGACAUGUCAACAAAGAGCUUCCCUGUACUGCAGCUUUAGGACAAUCCACACAUGAUAGUGCCUUCCUCCCUCCACAGGGGCCGAGCACGGACACUCAUAAAUCAGCUCCUAGUGAACAGGAGACUGCUACCAGAUGGAAUAGAGGGUUGAACAAAGGCAGUGAAAGUGUAGCACUAGACCAGAGCUUUUCAAAAUACUCCACAACAUUUCAGACAAGACCCUCACAAACAGUUCUAAAAGUUGACCGGAGUGCAGAGCAGCAGAUUAAGGUAGAUAGAAUUACAGACCAAGGUCAAGCCAAGGUAGAGAGAACAGAACAGGUUAAAGUUGACAGACCCGCAGAGCAGAUCAAAGUAGAGAAAAUCACAGACCAAGUCAAGCCAGACCGAGGUGCAGAUCAAGUAAAAGUUGCAGAAGUUAAGCCAGACCGAUUUACUGACAAACAGAUUAAAACAGAUAGAAUGCCAGACCAAACAAAACAAGAUAAAAAUCCAGACCAGGGUAAAACAGAUAGAUACUGUGAAAAACAAACUAAACUUGAUAAACUGGCAGAGAGGAUUCCAGAAAAGACAAUUAAAACUGAGAGAAUUCUAGAAAAGCCCAUAAAAUCAGAGCGAGUUCCGGACAAGCAAGUCAAAGCUGACAAAAUUACAGAAAAGUUUAAGGGAGACAAAAUGUCAGAAAAGCAAAUUAAAUCAGAUAAAUUAACAGACAAGCUCGUUAAGUCUGAGAAACAGACAAAAGCAGACAUAAGCGUUGAACAGUUAAAAGCAGAGAAAAUCACAGACAAACAGACAAAGGCAGACAAAUCUAUUGAAAAGGGUUCCUCAGAAAGUGUUUCCACAGCAAAGACAGAAAUGGCACAUGAACCUGAGAAAAAGAGUGUGAAAAAGAAAUUAAGUGAGACUAUUUUCUGCCUGGUGUCUGUCCCUCUUUCACAAUCAAGUGGAAAGUCAAGAGAUCAAAACAACAAUGAAGAAAAAGACCCCGAAUCCCCUCGUAUUCCUCCACCUCCACCACCAAGCUCCUCAAGUGAAAACAGCAACACCCUUGGUUCUCUGCCAAACCAAAGCCUCAAAAGCACAUCCACCACCUCCACUGAUUUGGAACUACAGGCACUUACACUUGGCAGUGCUUCCAGUAGCAUAAUCACUAGAAGAGCUCAUCGCAGGAGAAACUCUCGCACUAAAAUAAUUAAGCCAAACCCUCAUGAUGAGCUGAGACGAUAUUCUGGGGCUUGGCCAGGGGACCAGUACCGUGAUCAGGAAACCCAAACUAGUCCUGAACUUGCAAAGAGUGCUCAACAUCCAGGCCCUGAUAAAAUGGAAGCACAAACACUGCCUGCUGUCCCAGAAGCAGAAGCCACUGCUGAAAGUGGGUCUGUAGUUCCAAGUACAUCUGGGCCUACAGGAGGCACAGGGGCUACAGCUAAUCCAGGGCCUUUAGGAACUACAGGGGCUACAGGAAAUCCAGGGCCUACAGGAACUUCAGGGGCUGCAGGAGCCCCUGGGGCUUCAGACCCAAGUACUCCCUAUGGGUAUCCUAUGAAGGGUCAGAAAAGUCUGAAACCAUCCAGCAACAGUGCCUUUUCAAGAACAGGCACCUUCAAGAGCACAGGUUCACACAGAGCUCCUUUACAUCCUCCUCCACAUCCACCACCACCACCUCCAACCCAACCACCCUCCCAACCACCGCCACCGCCUCCAACACAGCCUCCACACAAAUCACCCCCUUUGGAUCAAGCUGAAGAUGCUAACUUAAUUGCUGGCCCAAACGCAGAGGAUUUUAGUCAAUACUUGUUGAAACCAGUGAGAAGAAGGUCUUGGGAUGCCAUUGAGGAGCUAGAGUCCAUUAAUAAGGAAUUGCAAGAGCAAGCAGGUAAGCGUCCUAGUGUGGACCAGUGCAUUGAAGAUCUUAAUGAGGCCUACAAAGAUAUCCUGGAGCUUACUACUGCCAGUAAUAACCUUCCCAACCGUUCCUCCAUGCAAAUCCCUGACCGUAUAAAAGCAAGACUGUCCUCUGAGCCAUUGGGAAUGCCUGCAACCACACUUAGGUCCAGCCUAGUACCAGGAAGUGACCCAGAAUACAGGGAAGUUAAGAGUGCCUUUUCCCGACCAUCAACAGGGAAAAGUGUCAGCUUUAGCAAACAGCUAAGGGAGGAGAUUUGUCCAGCAGCUCCUCCUCCAGAAACAGGUUUCAGAGAUUACAAAACAGUAAUGGCUCAGAUAACACAGCGAAAAGCCUGCAGAUCAGUGAAGCUGGAUGUCUCAACUACAAAGGACACCUUAAUCAAAGAUGAGAGUUUGACUGCACAUACCUCCUCCACUUCAUCCAUGUCAGCUGAGAUCCCAUGGGGAGACAGGCAGCCCAUGCAGGAUGCUUCAACCCUAACCAGCCCCCCAGACUAUGAGCACAUCUGUCAGACACUCCAGAUGGCCCGUGAUUCUGGGGCAAUCAGCCGAGGGGCUUGUGUAAAAUCCAAACCAGGUAGUGCCAUGAGCAUUGAUAAUCAACAGCAUGCGGCCAUGCCUAGUGGAUCUACAGUUGAUUUAGAGCAGCCAUGCUGCUCGUUAGCAUUAGAUAAUGAAAAUAAUUUGAGACAGGAGCCGCUCACUUUAUUAAGUGAAGAAAGAACCUCUGGCUUUAGAAGGGUAACAAAUCAGAGUAACAAACUCCUUGGUAACAGAAAUGUAUUAUGUGUCAAGCCAAUAGGAGAAAAAGCAGCUUUAGAGGUGAACCCAGAAGUACCACCUGACUGGCAAGUGCAGCUGUCACUGGCUGAGAAACAUAUUGCCACACUUAUCACUGGGGAAGGGUGCAAGCUUGGGUCAGAUGAGGCUGUAGAUGAAAUAAAUGACAUUAAGAGGAAUGAAGGCAUCUAUGCCAGUAAUUUAGAAGAUGAAACAAGCAAAGUAAUGGAAGGGGACAAUGUUGAAACAUGUGAACAAAUUGAUACCCAAGUAGAGAAACAAGAGACUGAACUAGCACAAGUGGCUGAAAGUCAGUUAAUACUAGAAAUAAGAACUGAUGGUGAUUACAGUAGGACAGAAGAAGAGGAGACAAAGGUGGAGCCAGAAAAUUUCCAACUGGAAGACAUGUGUAAAAAUACAGAGGAACAAGCAAAAGAGGAAAGGCAAAUGCAUGAACCCAACAAGGAACCAAGUGUGAUUUUAAGGCCAAACAAGGCUAUAAUGUGGACUCAUUCAGGCGUAGACCCAGGGCUUCUGCCAGAGUUUCCCCCAGAUCACCUUCCCCUGUCUGUUUUAGCUUAUCCAAAUCGUAGAUUAUCUUUAGAGCUUGACUGGGAGAGAAGUGGCUGGGAAGGGGCCAGGAUUCUUGGAGGGGGUUGGGCAAGAGAAAGGCGGUCCCUUGAUGCGGAGAGGGAGGACUUAGGUGAGGAUAGGUGGGGCUUAGAAAGUGAUAGACAACAAUCCAGUGGUGAAAAGCGUGGUCUAGGUGGCUGGCGAGGAUGUGGGAUAGAUAGACAUGGUUCAGAUGAUUCAGUUUGGGAUUUAGAUUCUGAUACUCACAACAUAAGGGAUAACGGAAGGGUUUUAGAUGUAAAAAAAUGGAAUCCUAAGCAGGGGCUGGAACAAAGUGAAGACCAAAGCAGUAAUAUGUCAAAUAAAGACUUAGUGGUGGACAAACAUAAAUUGGCAGAUGAACAGAUACAAGGUGCUGAAGGGAGUCCAAGGGUCAAGGAGCUGCAAGGUUCGGGAAAACGGGGCAGAGUAGUUUCUCAACGAAUUGAGGCCCUGCAUGAUCGUUUUAUAGCCCCACCUGGUCAUGGUUCUGAAGAGAGACUUGCCCGUAUGAGGGAGGUGGACACUGUUUCCCGCAUGAGACGCCUUAGCCUUCGUAGCACAGACUCAUGGGAUGGACUAUAUGGGGUAGCCUUUGUAUCUAGUGCUGAAGAGCUAGUGAGGGAUGAUAGACAGUCCCUUCCUUCAUCCCAGGAACUUCCAAAUGCAGCAGAGAAGGAGGACAGUGAAAUCCGAGAGCCUUGCUCAGACAGCAACGAGCCUUGUGAGACACAAGAUGAUCAUCCAAUUUCAGCAGAGUCGGACGAGGCCAGCCAGGUGGAGAAGUCAUAGUUGAACCCCGGGAAGUCAUAAAUCAGGGGGUGAAGGGACAUCCAUUGCCACUUAGAGCCAGCUUCCAACACUGUGACCUGGCUGUCUGCUAAAUGCCUUCAUUUUCAUAUGGCACUCGCACAAGUAUACUCAGACACAUAUACAUAUACACAAAUACACACACUGACAUGCAUUUAUGCACUACGUAAUUACAUAAUGCAUAUGCAGACAUAGAACAUAUAAACGAUCUCACAUGCACCUCAGUUCAUCAUCAUGAAUUCUGACAUGCAUUCAAAAAUAAAUGCACACACAUACACAAAUCAAAAAUGGCCUUCUCCGACAAGAGCAUUGUGUAUCAACUCCACCCUACCUGCUGGGUUUCUUAAUGUUGCUGCUCCACUGCCAGAAGGAGGCAAGACCCAACCAACCGCUCCUGUUCCCCAUCCAACCUUAAUCAAUUUACUCAUGGGAGUCUGUGCACUGCUAUGGCCCAAUUUUCCAAAUUUUCCCUAUAGAAAAUGUAAGGUAUUGGAAGUAUAUUACAAUACCUAGGGGAUUUUAUAAUAUAUAUUAACAACCAAUAGCUAAAUAAUCCCAUUUUAAUAUGGGUCAAACAUUUUAAAUAGAUAGGCUAACUAAAUACUGGUUGCUGAAUUAGCUUUCAUUCAUUAUUAGCUGCAUUAACAUUAUUUGGUUGAAGUAUCCCUUUAAGCAACUCUACAAAUCUAUACCUUUACCUAACCCUGAUCCCUAACAAAAUCUUGUGUUUAAAUACUUUGAUUAAAAUCAGAAUUUCCUUAUUUUUAUUAUGUGCCCCACAACAUACCCUUCCUCCUUGCCCACCGUUAAACCCUGUUUCAAAUUAAGAUGGGGUUAAAUCGUAGCAGAGUCUGUUCCUUCUCCUCCUCUCCACCCAGUGCUUCUCUUCUGAUGACCUUGUGGAACUUGUGUCAAUUGUCAGAACCUGUGGUCUACUUGUAGUCCAGUGUAAUUCAUUUGUCCAGACAUGAUGUUGUCUGUAUUUCUACAUUUUAUGUUCAAUUUUAUGUUUUAACCAAGUAUUGUGGAGGAUACAUUUGUUUGCAUUUGUUGUUAAAGUGUCACCUGAGCUAUUCAAAAACUAAGAGCUCCAUCUAAGAUGGGCAGCUGUAGCAAGUUGAAGAUUAGUGGCUCAAGAACUGUUUUACUUUAGCAGUCAAGCAGAGACUGUUCAAAAACAUCCGAAGCAUUUGAUUUUGAUCCAUAAUCCCCAUUUAAAAACUUUUCAACACUUUGUAACAUAAUGUCCCGAAAUACAGAGCGCUACAGUUCAUGUUGUAUUGACUGAAACCAUAGAUGUAUUUUAUACGAAAUAGAAGUGUGGAUAGAAUGAACAUUUUAGUAUUUGAUGAACCAACAUUGCACCUUGUGAAUGGAAGGUUAGAAUUUUUUUUUUAUUUUGCUUAAAACUAAGAGAAUAAAAGCUCUUGAAUAGCCUUUUUCAAAGACAUUAUUAAUGAUACACCUACACAAGAGACACAAAUACGAUAUGUCCAAUAUCUAAAUCACUAUAAAUAUUUGUAAUAUUGAAAAUUCCAUUGAAUAACCCAGGUUUGGGAUACGUUUUUUUUCACGCACUGUAAAUUUUUAAAAACAGGGUCCAGAUAUGAACACAAUUAAUUCUCUAAUUUUUUUUGCGGUGUCUCUAUGUCACCAAGUGCAGCAGGAAGCAAUAAAUGCUAACAAUUAUUUGUGAUUAAGCAUAUAAACGUGUACAGAUUUUAGGAAUUUAGUAGGGAACGAGUUGUUAGGCCAUGAUUUGAGAAGAUACAAUAAAAAACAUAAUAUAGCAUAAUGACAUAUACCAUUUUGAUAAUAGUGGUAAAAAAGAAAAGCAGGGUUUUAAGGUGGAAAGAUAGUGUACGGUAUGACAGGAUAUAUGUGUUUGAUAGCUAGAGCAGUAUUGUCCAACAUAAAGCUCAGUGGCUGUAGAAUAUGUGCAAGCCAGGAUGUAUAAAAAUGUCAUUUGUCUAACUGUUGUACAACAAGAAACAUUUCAGACUGCGUGUGUGCAUGUGUGCGUGCAUGAAAUUUCGCUUGCUCCCCCAUCAUUCUCUACAUGUGCCAUCCAUGUAUUUGAAAAGAAGAAUUGCAUUUCACUGAAUAUUUAUUUUUGUUAUCAUUAAAAUUGUUAACCAGGCCGGAUAAUGUAAAAAAUAAAAAGGUAUAUUUUAAAUAUUUUCUGAAAUAUUUUGUAUUUACCAUGAUAGUUUAUUUCUUUGCUCUUCGAUCC